AUGGCAAGAGAAAUCCGAUACCUGCGGGACAUUCACCUGUUUUCACACCAAGAGAGGAAACUUCUCCUGCAGCAUGAAAAGGACAUCGUCUCCCUGCAGAGAUCCAUGAUGCACCUGCGGCGGGAGCUUCAGGCCCGGACCAGGCUGCCUCAGAGUUCCGGCCUUGAGGUCAAGACCACUCAGACGGAGGGGUCUGAGACAAGUGUGCAGCUGAAGGGCCCUGCACAGGGCUCCUCGCACCCCUUGUCACCGCCCGGGCCCGCCAGCCCCGCCAGCCACUGCCCCCGGACAAGCCCUGAGACCCCACGAGUCCAACACCUUCUCAGCAAGCAGGCGGAUGGGACGCCCCCCCAGGCAACCUCAGCUGCGGAGAGUCACCGGCCGCCUCCAAGGCCCGCGUGGGGAGAGGACACUCCUGUGGCCAGCAGCUGGCCCGACACGGGGCGCCGGCUAGAGGAGAGCCACAGCCCCGUGGACCAAGGAGACCCCCAGAGCAACCCCAGCCCCACGUCAGCAGAGGAGAAGACCCGGCCUCUGACAGACAGCCGUGCACAGAAGCUCCAGGGCCCCAACUCCCCGGGCGGAGGGGGUCCCUGCGGCCCCCUGGAAGCCAGCGUGGUUGAAGGCCGCAUCGGCCUAGCAGGGUCAGAGCUGGGGCUGGAUUUUGCCAGCAGCCCCGUGGAGGAGCCCCACAGAAUGGAAGGCUGGUGGCCGGGGGAACAGAGGACUGAGAGCUGCGGCCCCUUCUCUCCACCGGAAGCCGCCCAGCUGACCGCUGCUCCAGCUCCGGUACCACCCAGCCGGCCUGAGGGCAGCCCCCUGCCGCCGCUCAGGGCCCCCUCGGACCCGGGCCCGGAGUCCGAGGCUGCUCCCCGGAGCUGCUCGGGGUCUUGGGCGGGGUCCCCUGCCUCCUCCUCCCCGAGUGGGGUGUCCUGCCGCUCUCUCCAGGAGUUCCAGAGAGCAGCCGCCGUCCUGGUUCAGCUCUGCGAGAGCCCCGUCUCCGUGUCAGACUGGGGGGGUGGGGACGUCCCAGACACGGACCCCAGCUGUUCUGGGGAGCUCUCUCCUCAAGACUCCUGGGGGCUCCACCGGGGCGGGGGGCAGGUGGCCCGGGAGAGGCCAGAGGGCGGUGGGGCCGGGCCCCUGGGUGGCCCCUCCACGGAGCCGGGGGGCGUCCUGCGGGAGGGCUGGCCGCUGCCUCCCCCGGACGCCCCCUCUCCGAGGUCAGGGUCAGAGCUGUCAGAGGCGUCCAGCGAGGUCUGGGACGAGGAGAACCUUCUGGAGCCUGGCUCGGGGCCCUCCUUGUCUACAGGAGGCUCGUCCCACCUGGAAAAUGGCGGGGCGCCCGGCUCUGCACUUGCUUCCUUGGGCCCUGGGGAGGGGCAGGAAGCGUCUGGAAGCACUGGGAGCCUCAUCCGUGAACUCACCACGGAAGAGGGCCCAACAGACGUCCCCCGAGGCUGCCCGCGUGCCCUCCCGUCCACGCCCUCGUUCUCCAGUGACUUGGACCUGUCCCUUUCCUCUCCCUCGGGGUCCUUGGCAUCCGAAGGGGCGGAUUCUGGCAGAGGAGAGACCAGGCCUCUGCAGGCCUCGGCUGCCUGCCCAGAGGGGCCCUGGGACGCUGCCCUGAGUCUGCCCAGCGACAGGACGCCACGACAGUCCCAGUCUGAGCCUGAGGUCCCCGUGACCCCGCGGGCUCCUCCUGGGGACCCUGGCGGUCUGGUGGCCCUGACACCCCAGGGCUGGGCACCCAGAUGUAGGGGCAGUGGAGACUCCCCUGCCCCCGAGGAAGCCUGCCCCACGCCGUCCAGCAGGGCCUUGCCUGAGAUCCUGUCCCCCGUUGACGAGGUGCUAUCCUAUGGCAGUGCCGACCUGUCCUCCGCUCACAGGGAUGCCCACCUCCCUCCUCUGCCUCCCACCUUCCCAGCAGAGGAUUUGGCCAACACGACCAGCCCCGACUCAGGAGACUUCCCUUCCCCACCUGAGGAUGUCAUGUCUCCUGGGAGCUUGCCGGGCCCCCCGGGGGAGGAUGCCUCCAUCAAAACUGGGGAGUUGCCCUCCUUGUCUGAGGAGGACACACCCGAGGCACCAUCCCCAGGGCCCCAGGAGUCGGGGCUCUGCCUGGGGGCAGGCAGACAGGGCGGAAGCCUUGGGGACAAAUUGGGUGAGUCACAUUCGGUUUCCAGGGAUCAGGCUGUGGGCAGCCAGUGGUCUGACCCAGCCGGCUGGCCAGGGUGCCCCUCUGGGGGCAGGGCAGGAGACGCCCCUGGAGGGCUCCCAAGGCUGCCGGUGCGGCCCCCGACCCUGUCCAGAGUGGCCUUUAUGGCCGGGGAGGGUCCACCAAUGCUGUCAGCCGCUGGCAGCCCUGGGCAGGGUGACCCAGCUCCUGCUCUGGGCGCGGGCCCCUGCGCUGACCUGCCGGGCACGGAGGGAGCCAAGGUGGUGGAUUUGGUCUCCAGCCAGCUUAGCAGGAGGAUCCUGUGCGACACACUGGCUGUGCUCUUGGAGCCGGCCCAGCCGGCGGCCCCCUGA